AUACAUGUAUAUAAAAAUACAGUUCUUUCCUCACACACACAGUCACGUCAUAAUUUUUCAGACUCAACCUCAAGUCACACUAGGAGCUUGACAUCCGGGAAACUCGAAACCGAUUGCCGUACAGUACACAGCAUCGUGUCGUGAUGAAUCCCGACAUUCUCCAAGCGAUUAAACACCAAGGCCAAACUGGAGCAAAAAGUCUCAAGAAAACGCCCCGAAUGGAACUUUCCGAGCGCCACAAAAUCUCAUCAAGCGCGAAACACGACAAGAACAAGGCUGUCAAGCACGACAUUCAUCCCAGAAAGUGUGACUUAACAGAGUGGGACAUGCUUGUUCAGAGAGUGAGAAGAAGGACGGUGAUACCGUUUGUUGGAGCUGGUCUGUCGUGUGGUUUCUUUCCUAUGUGGGAACGUCUGAUCGAGGAGUUGAUGGAGAAGUUGGGCUUGCCGCAGAUGAAGGGAGAGAAGAUGCCGGUGAAGACGGAGGUGAUACGCGACGCUCUGCGGAAGAGGGAGAGAGAGAGUAGUGGAAAGAGAGACGUCGAAUCUCAGAGCUUGUUGGCUGUCGAGUUUGUGGAGUUGUUCAGAAAGGCUUUGGAGGACAAAGGGUGUGUGGAUUGGUUUGAGCCUCUCGUCGAAGCAGAGAGGCCUCCCUCGUGGUCAUGCACUGAGGUCAUAAGGACGGCCACUCGUGGUCACCGUGCUGUCACAACAGGUCCCUGGCCAUUAAUUUUGACGACCAAUUGGGAUACAAUGCUGGAGGCCGCCUACCGAAUGAUGGACAUCAAUCAUGGUCGUAAACAUGCAGUAUACACGUAUGAUAACACAAUCUCAACGUUGCAUGUUUGUGUGAAUGCAUUUGCAGGCGACGUCUGGGAUUGGUCGCGUCCACACACUUCGUAUUUUACACGAUUUGAACAAGAGUUAUGCGUCCGAUUCAGAAGAAACAUUCAACAGGUCUAUGCUGAGCUACGAUCUGAUGUACGACCGACUCGCUUACUCAAAUUACACGGAGACUUCACUGAAAAUGGGAAGAAGGAAGUCAUAGCCGGGCAUGCCGACUAUCGCCAGUUGAUGGUUCGAGAUGUGGCAUUCAACAGAUUCAUGCAGCAUAUCAGUUCGCACUACAACCUCUUGUUUUACGGCUGCUCGUUGACCGACCCCGACAUGCUGGCGACUCUAGACGGCAUGGUUGAAAGCCUCGGAAGUGAAGUUGGGCCACAUUUUUGGCUAACAGCAGACGAAGUGAGCGACGAGAGAAAACGAUUUUUAGCCAAGCAUUACUCUGUGUACACGAUUCGAACAGAGAGAGCGUGGCAGUUUUCGGACGCUUUGUCUCUAUUGAUUAAACUGUGCAACAUUGGCUGGCCUAUCCCCAAGCCUCUGUCAUUUACAGCUGUACACUAUCAGAUUACUAGUCAACAUGGUACAAAUGUUAAUAUACGAAUAGAACAUCGUCUACCACAAGAUGUUACUGCCAAUGCAAUAGCCUCAAAUGACCUGUUUGCAUUGGCCAUUAGUGGUGGUGUUUCUCGUACUGGAAAGGCUACAGGUGGAGGUCAGAUUAUUGCUGUUAUUGAAGAACUCAAGUUGCUGAAACAUCACGAGACGAAGGCGUUUCGUUACAACAUGGAGGAGGAAGAGUGGAGGGCAAAACAUUGUGCAAGUAACUGUUGGAUGGUAUGUGCACAGGAUGUCGGUACGUCUGGCUCACUAAGGGGAGUUUUUGAGGCAGUACAACAUUUUGUGAAGAACACAGUCUUAUAUCUAGUUCCUGGAUCAUCAUUCAUUGAUAAGCAACAAUUGAAAAAUGAAGAAACCGAGGUUUCUGAGGCAGUGGUUAAUGAUGAGCAACCUACUUCAAAGCCUGAUGAGCAAUCUGCUUCAAUGGCAGUGGAAUCAGAUGCUGCACAAGGGACUCAAAAUGUUAGUGAAAAUUUGAAUCCAACAGCCGAAGAGCCAGUGACGGAGGAACACGGUAGACACACUCAAUCUCAAACUGUGGAAACACAAGAAGUGAAGCCUACUGCAUCAGUGGAUUCUGGGUUAGGGGAAACAACCUCAUCUUCACUUCAGUCUCCAAACUCAGAUCAACUUGCUGAUGAGGAUGCUGGGUUUGUAAGUCGUUGGUUCAAUGCCGUCUACUCAUUAGUCGUUCCUGAAGAUAGUGACUCAGAAUUAUCAGAGGCAGAGAGGUCUCAUAGUGAUGAUGGUGAAGAGGAAGAAGAAGAAGCAAAAUCUAACAGUAGUGACAGUGAGGAAGACUCAAGAGAUGUUUCCACGAGUGGGGAAGGAGAAAAGCUACCUGAUGCAGGGAUUGACAAAACAGAUGAAACUGUCAAGGAGGAAACUAAAGAGGAACCUCCUCAGGAAGAACCAAAACCAACUCUUUUGAAACUAGCAACAGAUCAUAGCAGUGACACAGAAAAGCAUUCACGUGAUAGUUUGGAGUCUGAAGGAGACGACGACGAUGAUGAUUAUGAUGAUAAUGAUGCAGUACAUGGAGACGGCCCUGGAGUGGCUCGUCUUCGUAAGUGUAUAAAGCUUAUUUUACCUUUGCUGUCAGCAGGUGGUGGAUUUUUACAUGGUCAAGAAGUACUUUGUGCAACACUGAGUGCGAUUGGCCAUUGUGUCUCACUGGUGUGUGGUCCUGAUGUGAUCGACAUAAUUAUAUGUACAGCUACACAUCCGGGGGCUGAUAACGAACGGUUGGCUUUGAUGGCUGAUAUUGAUGUUGGUCGACUAUGUCUUGGUCAGCUGUUGACUCGUGCUCUGCAUGGCACAAUGGAGUUCACAUGUGUGACUCCCAAAGAAGGAAGCGAUUAUGGUUCAUCUCAUACAGACGAGAAAGUAACAAAGUGGACAUGCCGGAAAGUACACAUGCCUAUAUACGCUACUGUGAACGAACUGAGACGUGAGUUGGGUCUUCCUGAUAAGCUUGGUGAAGAGGGCUCCAGGUCGUUGCUGUCAGCUAAUAUAGUAGACGGAUCUGUAAUUGAGAUUAGUGAAUGAUAUGUUUGUAAUGAGAUGUUGUGAACACAUUCUAUUCACUGAUAGCUUAUUUGAAACAACACUGUAGGUGUGUUGCUUUAUGUUAAGGAUUUGAGCACAUGGUAAGUAGUUAAUUAAAUAAGACUAAAGUUGUUUUUGUGGAAGUCUUCCAACUUUACUGCUGUCUUUGG